AUGCUGCAAGACAGUUUGGAUGUAAGUUUGGAUCGCUAUGACGGAUUUGAAUAUCCUGGAAUACCACGUGAUUCAUUGGAUGAUAAUUACCGUAUAACGAACAAUAUUGAUUCACAAAAAUUGGAAAUGGGUCCACCUUCAAUGGAAACGAGAAAUCCUCUUGAGAAUUAUGAUUUUCAGAAUGCACCUGAAGAUGAUGACCCUUAUCGACAGCAACAAAUACAGUUAGGAGGUGGUAGCAUGCGUAGUCAACCAUCGUCCGCAAACAGACGUGUAAGGUCGGGAAAUUCUCGUAUCAGUAGUAGCCAUAGUCAACACCCUCCUCGGAUUCCUUCUGCAAAAAGUACUGGACACUAUGGAUCGCCAGGAAGUCGGCAUGGAAGUGCUGGCCGUCCAGGAUCAAAUGGUAGCAGAGAUAAAAAUCCAAGGAGUCAUUCUGGGAGUAGGCAUAGUAGCAGGAAUAAUUCCGGAGGCAGACUCAGUAGUGGCAAUCAGAGACAGUUGAGAAGUAGGGGGAAUAACGAGCGAUAUCCAUCUGCAGGAAGUCGUAGAGGUGAAAUUCCAAAUCAGGAAACGUUUCCUUCAUAUGGUUAUCCACAAGACAUUGAUCAAAGUUAUGUUCCUCCACAGCAGCUUGGUGAUGAUGAUGAUGAUGAUGGUGGUGAAGAUGAGGAGUACAGAAACCCGAUAACAAGUAGUCAUGACGAUGGCAAUGAAUCAGAUACUUUAGAUGCCGAGGAACAAUAUCAACGGCAGCUCAAAGAACGUGUAGAGAAAUCUUUGUUGGAUAUUCGACGGAUUGAAGAUGAGGAGAAGGAGAAUAUGGCCAAAGAUUAUGUGGAUUCAUUAGACGGGGACAAUGCAAAUGAUCCUGACAUUGAUACAGGUAUGCUUGUUGAUUCUUUAGAUACUGGUGCUAGAUAUCAGAAAGAUGAAGAGGAAGAAGAAAGAUUUGUUGUGCAGCCAACUCCACAGAAGGUGCAUCGCGAUGACCAAGACAGUGAUCCGGAGGACGAUUUUUUUUUAGCCCCUGGGAAACGAGCAUCUGCUCGUGCACAGCCGCGGCAUGGGUCAUCAACUCAGCCACGAAGUGCAGACGACUUGGAUAAAAGACAGAGUUAUAUACGCGAACAGAAUCAACAAAAACUCCUGAAAUAUGGUGAGCAUCAUAAAACAGAUGAUCCAUCAUUGAACGAUCCUGCUGCGGAUGUUCAGGUUGAGUACAUCUCAGAGGAAAGUGAUGAAGAAGAAGAACAUUUUGUUGAUGAGAAAGGCAGUCCAAUUGACAACAGAGGACAAUCGCUGCACAUAUCACAUCUCGGAAGUGCUACCUCGUUAAGUUUGAGUGAGCGAAAGAGGCAGUUUGUUCUGAAAUCUAGACCUCCCAGGCCACCCAGUCAUCCCAAUUCGGGUGAGCCUUCACGAAGGAAGGUGAGUGGUGCGAGAAAUGUUACUCCAGAAGGUGCUGGAGUUGCUCGAAAAGGUUCAUCUGGCACACAAACGCAAAAUGCAGUAAGACAGCAAGCACCUACACCUCCACAAGAUAAAUAUCCUGCUUUUCAGCAACAAGAUCACAAUCAAACACAAGAAGAAGUAUACAACCCCAAACCCCUAUCACAACCACAUUUACAGCAACAAGGUAGACAGGUCUUCCCAUCGCAACGCCAGAAUGAAACUGGCAUGCAGACACAGACACAGCAGCAUUAUCAGCCACCUCCAGAGCAAAUGAACCAAUCACAGCAGUCACCUCCAGGACCACUUCAGUCGUCUCCCCAGCAGCAAGUGCAGCAGAUGCCACCACAUCAGCUUUCGCAGCAGACACCGCAGCAUCAGAUACAGCAUAUGCCACAGCAACAGGUUAUGCAGCAGCAAAUGCCGCAGCAACAGGUUAUGCAGCAGCAGAUGCCGCAGCAACAUGUUAUGCAGCAGCAAAUGCCGCAGCAACAGGUUAUGCAGCAGAUGCCACAGCAACAGAUGCAGCAGUCGCCACCACAACAGAAUCCUCAGCAGGUGCAUCAAAUGUCACCACAACAGCAGAAUCCACACCAACCCCUGCAUCAACAGCCACCACAAUAUUUUGAACAUCCGCAAUACCAGCAGUAUAAUGAGCAACCUCAACCCCAGCCUCUGGCGGCAUAUCCAAACCAAUCAUUUCAGCCACAGCACCAACAGGUCUAUCAGCACCCACCACCAGGUUCACAAUUCCAACAGCCAUAUUCUCAGUCUAAUCAACAAGACCCAUAUUACCAAAAUGCCCAGACUUCACCUCUGUAUCACGGCUACGAGUCAGCAUCACAGCAGCCCAUGAGAAGGAUGCCUCCUCAGCAUCAGCAGUAUCCACAGCAACCAUAUCAUCAAGAUGACAGUUUUCUUCCUCAGUCACAGGGAAUGCACCAAAGAAGGGACAGUUAUGAUGAUCCACGGUACAAUCAAUUGCAAAGACAAGAAGAAUUUGAGCAAGGAAGGAGCAGACCUUACUAUGGCCAGGGUCAACCACCACAACAAUUACAGCAGAUACCUGCACAAGAAUAUGGAUACUACCAAAACCCAAUUGAAGAUCCCCAUAGACAUCUCCAAAAACCUCCUGACACAGGGUAUGAUCAGUACUCCGAGGAGCUGCCAAAUAAUCAAGGUGUGAUGAGCAAUCGGUCUGAAGAGAAUGGAAGAACACAGGGACGUAAAAGACGUCCGCAAAAGUAUCAGACUACCCCACCUCCAGCACCGAACUUUAUUGAUAUGAACAAGAAUGUUAAACGUAAACCACAACAGAAAUCUUACAAAGAAAUGUAUCAGAUGAAACAGAGGGAGACGCCGCCAUUGAACCCCCACCAACCUCUACCUAGCAUUUCCCGGGAAAGUUCAGUGGACGUCAACCCGGAAGACAUGUGGGCUCAAAGAUCAAAAAAUCUGCAAAAAACUAAAAGCUCUAGUGGUAAGCAAGGUAGUUCCAAAAAGAGUGCUAAACAACCAUGGACAAAACAAUUAGUAUCGGAACAGAGAGGUGCUGUGCCGAUCAGAACGCAGUCUGAGACGUCUCUGCAAUCAAGGAAAAAGAUUGCUCCUAUAAAUCCUUCUCCACGGACCAGUGCCCAGAAAGUAAAUCUUGAUAUUAAUGUGAAUAUAAAAAGAAUGGAUCAAGCUGAGGAGAAUCUUGACAUUGACGUUUCAGUCACACCACGGCCGGAAUAUCCAAUCUAUGACAAUCCUUACAUUAAUCCAAAUAUGCGCGAACCACCUCCACAAAACUUUGGACAACCGAAAUUCGGUGUGCAUAACCGAAACGGUAGUGGAGCAACUUAUACGGCUAAUAGUCACAUGAGGACCUACUCACAGGAUUCUCAGGAUGCAUACCCGGCACCACGAUAUCAAGACGGUGGUGGUGGACAAGGGGGUUAUGAUGGAUUAAGUCAACAGCAGUUUUAUGAGGAGACACCGCGGUUGUCUUACACACAUCCCCUAGAUGGACUUAAUAAUCCAUCACAUGGUGUGCUGCCGGGGAUUGAUAAAGUUGGAAGGUCAAGCAGAACAAGUCAAGAAGAUGGAUACUUGGCUAGACUACAAAAACAGAAAUCACCGCCCCAGUAUAAACAAUAUACCUUGAAAGAUUACCGUAAUCUCAAAUCCGAUAUCAAGAUGGGUGGUCUGGGACCAGACAUAGAAACUAUGCAACAAAGGCAAGAUAAGGUACAGCGUGGGAAGCAAUAUGCCAGGGAUAUCAACACACAGAAUAGGAGAGUCCUGGCACAGCAGAAACCCCGAAAACUACCACGUCCCGGAGAUGGCCCUGAAGAGAACGAUAUUCAUUCCAAGAGACAUGUUGCUAUAGAGUAUUCCAAAAAACUGCGAAAACCGCAAACAGUGAAUGGGCAGAAUACUCCACAUAGAAAUUCGAGUAAGAACUCAGAACGUAGUCCAAGUAAAUACAGUCAACUAGACGAAGACAUGGCAAAACUAGAAGAACUACAAGCCAGACAUGAACGAGAAAGACAGGAAAUUGACAAACUUAAACAACAAGUCAGUGCACCUUCAUAGCGAAGAUAAAGUACAUAAUUUGAAGUGAUCCAUCCAGUAUUGACUCUGAUUUAUAUAUGACCACUUAUCAGUGACAGUGUUUUUUUAAAAAAAUUCU